AGCCAGGUACCCCGCCAGCUUCGAAAAAAAGACCGGUCGCCGCUUUCCGUACGUCAGCAGCGCCGCUAUUUGGCAUUUGCCUCCAAACCACUCAAAGCUUCAGUCAGCGCAGAGCCGAGGCACAGCACAGCGAUCGCACGAGACAAGAGCGCCAGCCAGUCAGCAAGUGCACAGUACCAGAGUUCAAUUUCUAGCCAGCCAGACGCAUGUCGCUCGAAUACGGGAUGCCCAUCGUGCUCCCGCCCAUCGGGCCGCUCUUCGCCAGCAGCGGGUCCCCCACGACGGCUCUGCUGGCCUACGACGAGGAGCAGCGCGAACAGUACGAAGAGGACAUGGCGCGCUACUUUGGCGUGCCGCUAGCUCCUUUCAUCCGCCGCAGACCCAACAGCGAUGAGGACAAUCUCCGCACACCCACGAGUGUACAGCCCACCAGCGGCUUCCCCAGCUCGUCCCCCGUCAAGAAGGACGGUGCGAAGACUAAGACGGCGCUGCCGCUACUACAUCUCGACUCCCCCACACAGACUGACGGCGCUAACGAGACGUCAGGAGAGGAGGAGAAACUGCGCGUCAGUCGCGAGCGAAACCGUCUCCACGCACAGCGCACGCGUAUUCGUAAGCGCGAGCUGUUGGAGAGUCUAAAGGAGCGUAUCGAGGCGCUCCAGGACGAAUACGAGCUGCUGAAACAGGCCUACGACUUCCACGCCACUGCCGUGUGUCUACUGAGACUCGGCAACGUCGUGGACGUCCCGUGCGUACAGAAACUCGAGCAGGUCGGCAUCAACUCGACGGAAGACAGGGACGAGGAAGGACAGCUCUGCGAGGCAGCCAAGAGCUCGCACGAGAGCGACGGAGACGAAGAGUCCCAUGAGCACGACCAGCUCAACGCCAACGGCAAGAGACCGUUAUCGUCCACAGCCACUAACAGCAAUGUGCUCGUCUGCUCCAAGGAAGAGCGCGAACGCGUGCGACGCGAACGCAACCGGUUGCACGCACGGAGAGCGCGACUUCGCAAGAAGCUGGUGCUCGAAAAGAGCCAGCAGGCCGUACACGACCUACGCGAGCGCAACGACCGUCUACGCAGUCGCCUGAGCGUGCUGGUGUCUUCAAUCUACGGCUCCGAGGCCUGUCUGGACGACCCGGACGCUACGUCAUGAUCUCAACCCCGUACCGGGACGUUGGGAGCUCCGACCCGCUUUUAAGGCGGGCUCUAUCUAUCGCUUAUGUUAUCUUUAUCUAUGGGCCGGCACUUUGACCGGCUGGGGCUGCUUCAAUGUAAAUACAGCAGCAUAGCAUUACAUUUCCA